AUGUCUUUGCCAGGUGAGGAGGGAGCAGGAAAGGCAAGCCUAGAGUCUAGAUCGCCUUGGAAGUCACUGGCCAUGCCCACUCUGCUGCUCCCGCUGCUGCUGCGGACGCUGCUGGCCCGCCUGCUGCUGCCUGCUGCCCGCCUUGCCCGCCGGCACUUCCUGCCCCUGCUGCGCCGGCUGGUCCACCGCCUGGGCUCUCAGGAUAUGCGAGAGGCUUUGCUGGGCUGUCUGUUGUUUGUCCUCAGCCAGAGACACCCGCCGGAUGCUGGGGAGGCCUCCAGAGUGGCCCGCCUGGAGAGGAGGGACAGGCUAGCCUCCCAAAAAUGAGGCCAUGAAUCCUGGUAGCAGCUGUAUCCACUUUGAAACGCUUUCUUUUGGAGUAAGACAGUCCUGGCCCCAUCACUGACUGCAGCCUGCCCAGUGGGCAGAAGACAUGGUGGGGGACAGAGCAUGAGAGGGGUCCGGCCAGGACAUGCCUCCCCACGCCCCCGACUCCCAGCAGAGAUGAUUGGAAGGAUGCUCUGCAUUUAGCAGAAAACCCAUCA